GACUAUGACAUCACGGCCACCAAGUAUGCACGGAAUGGCUUGCAUCUGGACUGGAGUAGGAUGCUCAUAUCCCAAGCUAUGGAGGAGAGCCAUAGUUGAAGCUGGAAGAUGAAGUUCAUCGAAUCUUGACAAUGGCAUUGGGCACCUUUCACCUUUGACCUCUAUACCAUGAGAGAGACGGCAUUCGACCGCUUUCUCCAGAAGAUCCUGAGAGGAAGGGUGAAUAGCAGGAUUCUUUGGCAUAUAGGAGGAUACAAAAUUGUCCUCUAAACCAGUGGAGGCCCUCUUCUGCUUCUUACGCAACGGAAUAAACUCGGAGGAAGACGCCAUUACGUCACCACGCACCACUUCCUAUGAUGCGCAAUAAUUAGAAAUUCAAACAUUGAACAUUGAGCGGGGUUUAUGCCAGUUGCUUCCUGGGGCAGACCGAAGGACGCGACCAGCACUAUUCUCACUGCGGCUAAGAUGAAAGUGUUCGUGGCACUGCUGCUACUGCUCGUGGGGUCUGCUCACGGCCUCAUAGAAGGCCUCUACUGUGGAACGAGAAACUGUUACGAAGUGCUGGACGUGGAUAGAGGUACCGAAGCGGCUGAAAUCCGCAGAGCUUACAGGAAACUGGCCAUUCAGUAUCACCCUGACAAGAACAAGGCAGGCGGUGCAUGUGAUAGAGAGUAUUGAUAUUGACACUGCAACUGCACUGGUUUACAUGCAGAGUCCAGAUGCUCAUGAGAAGUUUCUUGAAAUCACCACUGCCUACGAUGUGCUGAAGGAUGAGGAGGAGAGAGCUAACUAUGACUACAUGUUGGACAAUCCUGAUGAGGUGUACAGUCAUUACUACCACUACUAUCGAAGGAGAGUGGCUCCCAAGGUUGAUGUUAGGAUCGUCAUUGCUGUCACCAUUACCGUCAUAUCCGUUGUACAGUACAUUGGCUGGAGUCACUCAUACAACGCUGCACUGAGUGCCGCUCUACGGAUGCCCCACUACCGCACCAGAGCCAAAGGCAUUGCCAGAGAGAGAGGUCUCCUGGACCGCAAGAAGAAAGGCGUCUUGAAAGAGGACCUGAAGGCCGAGGAAGAGGCUACACUUCGCAGCAUUCUGGAAGAGAACAUUGAUGUCGUAGGAGGCUACAGUAAACCUCAGGUCUGGGACGUACUGUGGUUCACCAUCGUAUUCAGUCCAUACUGGGGUGUUAUGUACGGGAUAUGGAAAGCAAAGUGGGUGUGGAGAUACAGGGUCAAAGGUCAGGACUACAGUGAGGAGGACAGGGAGUACAUCACUAGGAAGAGGUUGAAACUCUCAGAGAACCACUGGAAGGCCAUGCCGGAGGAGAAACGGAGCGAACUGCUAGAGAGGGAGCUGUGGGUAGAGGCCAACUUCAACCAGUACAAGACAGAGCAGGAAGACGAGAUGAAGACAAAACUGGCCAGCAGUGGCAAGUACAAGAUGUACAGACGCUACAUGAAGAACAACAAAAACAGGAUGACCUUUGAAGACUGAGGAUCACCACUGUAUUUAGGAGCUCCCUUUCUCUCAAUAAUCAUCACCUCCUUCAUCUUACGUCACUCAUUAUCCCCUCUCG